GCCGCACCAAUCGCGGAGCUGCUCACCUCAAGGCUCGUUUUGAAAUUCCGCGGGGCCCAACGGCUCGUGGAGCAGCCAAGUCGCGCAGGAUAGUCGGCGUUUGCGGGUGGUGGCUGCGCUCGGACCCGCGUGGAGGAGCUCGGGGGGUUGACUCCCGGCUGACUGGCGCGUCCGCCAUGAGGAGAAGCGAGGUGCUGGCAGAGGAGUCCAUAGUAUGUCUCCAGAAAGCUCUAAAUCACCUUCGGGAAAUAUGGGAAUUAAUUGGGAUCCCAGAGGACCAGCGCUUACAGAGAACCGAGGUUGUAAAGAAACACAUCAAGGAUCUCCUGGAUAUGAUGAUUGCUGAAGAGGAGAGCCUGAAGGAAAGGCUUAUCAAAAGCAUAUCCAUCUGCCAAAAAGAGCUGAACACCCUGUGCAGUGAGUUACAUGUCGAGCCAUUUCAGGAAGAAGGAGAAACAACUAUCCUGCAACUAGAAAAAGAUUUGCGCACUCAGGUGGAAUUAAUGCGAAAACAAAAAAAGGAGAGAAAACAGGAACUGAAGCUACUUCAAGAACAAGAUCGAGAACUUUGUGAAGUUCUUUGCAUGCCCCAUUACGACAUUGACAGCACCUGUGUUCCCAGCUUAGACGAGUUAAAUCAGUUCAGACAACACUUGGCAACUCUGAGGGAAAAAAAGGCAUCUAGGCGUGAGGAGUUUGUCAACUUAAAAAGACAGAUCAUACUAUGUAUGGAAGAAUUAGAUCGCACUCCAGACACAAGCUUUGAAAGAGAUGUGGUGUGUGAAGAUGAAGAUGCUUUUUGUUUGUCUUUGGAGAAUAUUACAACACUACAAAAGUUGCUACGGCAGCUGGAAAUUCAAAAAUCACAAAAUGAAGCAGUGUGUGAGGGCCUGCGUGCUCAGAUCCGAGAGCUCUGGGACAGGCUGCAAAUACCUGAAGAAGAGAGAGAAGCUGUGGCCCUGAAUAUGACUGGGUCAAAUGCCAAAGUCAGGACAGCGCUACAAUUAGAAGCAGAUCGACUGGAAGAAUUGAAAAUGCAAAACAUGAAGAAAGUAAUUGAGGCAAUUCGAGUGGAGCUGGCUCAGUACUGGGACCGAUGUUUUUAUAGCCAGGAGCAGAGAGAAGCUUUUGCUCCCUACUAUGCUGAGGACUACACAGAAAGCCUGCUGCAGCUGCAUGAUGCCGAGAUUGUGCAGUUAAAAAACUACUAUGAAGUUCACAAGGAACUCUUUGAAGGUGUCCAGAAGUGGGAAGAGAACUGGAGGCUUUUCUUAGAAUUUGAGAGAAAAGCUUCAGACCCAAGUCGAUUUACAAACCGGGGAGGAAAUCUUCUAAAGGAAGAAAAGCAACGAGCAAAACUUCAGAAAACACUCCCUAAGCUGGAAGAGGAGUUGAAGACACAGAUUGAAAUGUGGGAACAGGAGCAAUCAAUGGCAUUUCUAGUGAAUGGGCAGAAAUUCAUGGAGUAUGUGAUGGAACAAUGGGAGGCACACAGACUGGAGAAAGAGAGAGCCAAGCAGGAAAGGCAAUUGAAGAACAAGAAGCAGACAGAGACAGAGAUACUGUAUGGCAGUGCUCCCCGGACGCCCAGCAAGCGGCGAGUUCUGGCUCCCAGCACUCCCGGCAAAGUACGCAAGCUGAACACUACCACCAUGUCCAAUGCUGCAGCCAAUAGUAGCAUUCGUCCUGCCUUUGGGGGGACAGUCUACCACUCUCCUAUGUCUCGACUUCCUCCUUCUGGCAGCAAGCCAGUAGUCACUUCCACCUGUUCAGGAAAGAAAACUCCCCGUGCCAACAGACUUGGGGCCAACAAGGAGAACCUGGAGCUCAGUGGCAGCUUCCUGAGCGGUGGGUACCCUGGCUCAGCCUCCCUCCAGCGCAACUUCAGCAUUAAUUCUGUUGCCAGCACCUAUUCUGAGUUUGCGGGGAUCAAACUCGGGUCCUUGCACUUGUGGGGCAGGCAGCGGAACCACUGAGCUAAAUCCCUGGCCCUAAUGUUGUUUGUUUUUUUAACAGCGAGAACUUUCAAAGGCUUCCAAAUCUGAUACUACUUCUCGAAUCCUCAAUUCAACCAACAUCCAGUCCUAAGAAGCCCUGACCAGGCAGUCAGCUGGACUUAUUUAUAUGGGGGGCUGGAGUGUUUCUUCAGUUUAACUCAAGAAAUACCUUAAAACUUAGUUUAUAGCAGUAAGUACAAAUUUUAGCAUCUGGGACCUAAUAUCCUUCUCUAUCCCUUAACUGUACUUGGUUAAGCAUGAUCCAGGGCUUGUUGCAUUUCACUGUUGUGCAGGCAAAUGACUGACUGCCCAGCUUGGGCCAUAAGUUUGGCUUGUAUACUUGUAAUUAGCAAUUAACAUUUUUUAAAAUCCAGGGAUGUCCAGUUAAUGCUAUGGUUCUUUUUUUUUUUUGGUACCGGGGAUUGAACUUAGGACCUUGCGCUUGCAAGGCAGGCGCUGGAACCACUGAGCUAAAUCCCUGGCCCCAGUGCUACAGUUCUGAUAGCUUUGCCCUCACUCAAAGGCCUGUCCCCCAUCACACUGAGGAGAUCUGUGUCAGCAUUUAACUGCCAAAGAGUGAUAGGUGGCUGGGAGCACCUUUGUUAAAUUGUGUACAGCUUGUUACAGAGUGCAAUCCCUUUGGGGGUCUGGGUGAACACACAUGCUGUCUGAAGCGCUUCCUCAGGGCCUGAUCCCAGCCCUGUGCCCAGUAUGCUGGUGUCCUACCCCUGCAGCCAGGUGGGGCUGCUUCUGCUGUGGAGUCCAGCACCUUUGCACAUGUCACUACUGGGGCUUGUCCCUACAAUAGCAUCUGCAUUGAGGCUCUCUACCUGCUCUGUCCAUCACUACGCUCUCCUAAAGCACUAUUAUUUAUUCUUUCUCUACCUGGGACACAUCAAAAUGGUUCUCAAAAGCUUAUCAGUGUGGACUUAGUUGCUCUGUCAGACAUGCUGUUUAGUUACAUGUACACUUGUCUCAUUUUAAAAAUAUAAAUUCUUAAAAAUAAAUUAAAAUGUGUAUAGAUACUUUUCAAAAA